UUUACAGUUAUGACAGGCCAGUGUAGUGCACGAGAUAUAUGUGCUGUUAUGAAAAAUACAAAUGUAGGAUAAGAACAAAAUGUUGUGGAAAUUUUACGGAUUUGAUUAUUAUUGUUCAUUGUUUAAAGAAUAGAAAAGAAAAGAAGGGUGGCUAUUGAGUAUUAUAAACCAUCUAAUGGAUUUAAAUCGUUCUGACAUGUCCGAAUUUCAAGACAGGGAGCUUAUUGAGGCUGUGCUGCAGAAAUCUGAAGAGCCCUGUCGUCUUAACGAGUCGGCAGGUUCAAGACUUAGCUCCUUGGUUCUCCAUCAUGCCAGUCUAAGGUCAACCGGAAAUUUGAGCCGUCCAGCAAGUUUUGUUUCUAGGCGUAGUGGAACAUUGUCACAAGAGAAGCUCAGUGAUAUAUUAGAUGAUGAUUUAAUAGAGAAAGACAAGAGCAGCUCAAAAUAUGAGGAAAUAAAGCUGAAUUUGUUAAUACUUCUCCUUCUUUGUAUAUUGUCAUUGGUGCUUGGAUUACUCUCCAUUUUGCUGAUUGUCUCGCUGUCUGAGGAUAAUAAUGCUGCCGUGUCACGUGACUCUGUGACACAUGAAACUUUUGUUGACGUAAACAGGACAUAUAUGACUGUGACGGAAGUUGCAACAGCGUUGUCAAUGUUUGUUGUGGUUUGUGAUAUUACAUGCUUGCUCGUCUGCUCCCUUCAGUGUCUGAUUGUUGUGAAACUAUUAAAAUUGAAUUUAGGAGAUGAAAGGGCGUUGAAAUAUUUAAAGGAGUGUUCAAGCAGCAGAGAUAUAACUGUUUCCGGUUUCUUUGUUUCAAUCCCAGUGUUCCUCAUUUCUUUGAUUCUGUAUGUCAUUCUGAAAUUCACAACAGCUGCCGCCAUUACAGCCAUGGUCAUGCUUAUUGUUGGCAGCGUGUUUUGCGUGCUCAGCGUAAUACAGAACACUUACCAUUGGAGGCUAGAAAGGUCUCGCGCUUUGAAGGGACUUCCGGUUUUUGACUGCGUGUUAUAUGGGAAAGACGGAAAAGAAUCAGCGACCGGGAAAGAACUGUCAACGUUAGUUUGAUAAUAUUCCUGAAGAAAAUGGCCAAAUCUCAUAUUUUAAGUGACUUUUUCAAAUAUCAAGAUUUGAAUUCAGGAUUUUUAAAAUGUGAAAUUUAAAUGAAAGACAAUCACAAUUAAUUCGCUAAUGUUUAUUGAAGUACUAAAACAUAGCUUGAAUGAGAUGUACUGUACUGUCUUUUGUGACGUUGUUUACAUACUUUCAGUUACAGACAAUUUGUUUUGCCCAUUGAAAUGAGUAAAAGUGUUAAAAUCCGUUCAAAAUUCAAAUUUUUCUUGUUAAUUGUAUCUAACGUGUAUAUGCGAGCAAUAAAUUAAUCAUAGGAAG